AUGUUCAAGAAAAUCUGUUUGGUAUUUUUGGCGGCCAUGUUUGUAAGCAGUGAAGGUGUUCAAGUUCUGCCAACAAAUUACGAUCUGAGCCGAAACUCAUACGGCAAACAACUAGGUGGAGGAAAUUAUGGACAACAACCAGGAUACUUCCCGGGGGGUGGAUACGGUGGAGGGUACUACCCAGGGCACCAGGGACCUGCAGGGCCACCCGGCGCUCAUCCCGGAUGCCCUCUCUGCGACUCCUCGGUCUACAGCUACUGUUCGUAUAAGCAAGCUCACGAUUCGUGCUGUUGCGAUGAUGAUUACAACUCCUUCACUUGCAGCAAAACUAACUGCAACUUCCUGUACGCGAAUUCCUGCCAAGAGCUCCAGCUUAUCACGAAUUGCUGCUGUGUUGAUCUUUUAAAGAGCGCCGGUCAAAUCAAAGCAACUGACGUCAUUUAA